GUUUCAUUGGCUACUUAGUUUGCUUACACAUCUAAUAACGUGUGUCGGAACACGGGCGCUGGCCGCCAGUCCUCAAGCCCUGUGGAGGGGAGGGCGGCCCGCCUGGCCGGCCCUCCACGCAGUGGCCGCGUCCGUCUGGCGCCAGGUGGCCCGAUCGCGGGGCGGGAGCAGAGGGCCGGCUGCCCGCGCUGGCCGGCGCGCGGCCCCAUGGCCCCGCGGCUGGUGCUGCUCUUCAGUGGGAAGCGGAAAUCCGGGAAGGACUACGUGACGGAGGCGCUGCAGAGCAGACUCGGUGCCGACGUCUGUGAAAUCCUCCGGCUCUCCGGGCCCCUCAAGGAGCAGUAUGCUCAGGAGCAUGGCCUGGACUUCCAGAGACUCCUGGACGCCAGCACCUACAAGGAGGCCUACCGGAAGGACAUGAUCCGCUGGGGCGAGGAGAAGCGGCAGGCCGACCCCGGCUUCUUCUGCAGGAAGGUUGUGGAGGGCGUCACCCAGCCUGUCUGGCUGGUGAGCGACACCCGGCGCCCGUCGGACAUCCAGUGGUUUCGGGAGGUCUACGGGGCGGUGACGCAGACAGUGCGCAUGGUGGCCUCCGAGCAGAGCCGGCAGCAGCGCGGCUGGGUCUUCACGCAGGGUGAGCCCCUGCCGAGCACCACUUUGACCCCCAGGUCUCCAUCCACCCCCACCUGUGGGGCUCACCGCCCCAGCCCUGAUGCUCUGUGGCCCUACCCUCGCCCUGGCCUGCCUGGGUGCCAGCCUGGCGUGGCUGGGGUGGUGAGAGGGCAGGCGACCCUCCCUGUGAUGUACACAGUGGUGAUGGGGGCAGCCACGGCAGGGCAGGGCCAGGAUCUGCUCUGUGGACUGUCCAGAGGCACAGCCCCGCCUCCUGGCUGA